AUGGAGCCUAAAAAUCUUCUCUUCAUCUUCCUCACAGCCGUUCUCAUACUCCUCGUCGUCUCCAACCUCACUUCUCCGCCGUCCCACAAGGCGGAUCUUCUGGACCGUGCCGGCGGGCGCACCUCCAAGAAUGGCAUCCACCCCGAAACCCCUUUCCGCCACCGCAAACCCGCCAAUCCCACGCGCCUCCACUCCUCCGACGUGCCCCGCCACCCCCUGGACCCCCUUACCGUGACGGAGCUGAACACGGUCCGUGAUAUCAUACGAAAAGACGGCGUCUUGGGGAACAGAGCCCACGCGCUCCACUCGGUGGUCCUCGAGGAGCCGGACAAGCAGGUGGUGCUGGCGUGGGAGAAGGGAGACCCGCUACCUCCCAGGAAGGCCGCCGUCGUGGCCCGCGCCGGCGGCGCGUCGUACUUGCUGACUGUGGACCUGGGUUCUGGUGAAGUGAACCGCCGGGGAGAGAAAACCUUGUCCGGCUACCCGACUAUGACGAUGGAGGACAUGACCUCCGUGACGUGGGCCCCGCUGGCGAGCGCCGAUUUCAAUCGCACGGUGGUGGAACGCGGCGUGGAUUUGGGUGACCUUGCUUGCUUGCCCAUUUCAAGUGGAUGGUUUGGCAAAACUGAGGAAAAGAGAAGGCUAAUCAAGGUCCAAUGCUACACCAUGAAAGACACAGCCAACUUCUACAUGAGACCAAUAGAAGGCCUCACGGUCCUCGUCGACAUGGACACGAAACAGAGCUAUGCUGGGGAUAUAGGGUGGAGGCACUCGGAAAGCCCGAUAACCGGAUUGGAGAUACGAGAGGUGCGGCCGAAAGUGACGCUUGUGGUUAGGAUGGCAGCAUCAGUGGCCAACUACGACUACAUCGUCGAUUGGGAGUUUCAAACGGAUGGACUAAUUAGAAUCAAGGUCGGCCUAAGUGGAAUACUGAUGGUGAAAGGAACUCCCUAUUCCAACCUCGACCAGCUCAACCAACAAGAUAACCUGUACGGGACCCUCUUGUCCGAAAAUGUAGUCGGUGUUAUCCACGACCAUUACAUCACGUUCCAUCUCGACAUGGAUGUAGACGGCUCGGAUAAUUCGUUUGUCAAAGUCAACCUCCAGAGGGAGUACACAAAACCCGGGGAAUCCCCUAGAGUGAGCUACCUGAAAGCUGUGAGAAAUGUGGCCAAGACUGAAAAGGACGCGCAAAUUAAGCUCAAACUCUAUGACCCGUCCGAAUUCCACGUCAUCAACCCUAGGAAGAAAACACGAGUCGGGAACCCUGUCGGGUACAAGGUGGUCCCUGCCGGCACAGCUGCUAGCCUGCUCGACCCGAACGAUCCUCCACAAAAGCGAGGGGCUUUUACCAAUAACCAGAUUUGGGUCACUCCGUAUAAUAAAACCGAGCAAUGGGCUGGCGGCCUUUUCACGUACCAGAGCAAGGGUGAUGAUACUCUUGAAGUAUGGUCUAACAGGGAUCGAGAGAUUGAGAACAAGGAUAUCGUGGUGUGGUAUACUUUGGGAUUCCAUCACAUUCCGUGUCAGGAAGAUUUCCCGAUCAUGCCGACUGUGUCGUCGAGUUUCGAUCUGAAGCCGGUGAAUUUCUUUGAGAGGAAUCCCAUUCUUAGAGUUCCUCCAAAUGUUGAGAAUGAGCUGCCAAUUUGCAAGGCUGAUGCUUCAGCCUGA